CAAUUUGCCAGCACUAUUUCUUCUUUACUUCUAUUAACUAAUGUUAAAAAUGAUUAAGGGUCCAACAUUUUUUUUCUUCUUUUGCUUGUGUUGUUAUACCACUGGAAUUAUUGGUUAAAACGAUGUGUCAAAUGUCAGAUGUCAUAAUGUAUUAAUUUUUUGUGAUAUUAAUAAGGAAAAUCUCAAUCUUAAAAUAGUAUAUUAUUAGCGUCUUUUAACAUUGAAGUGGUCUUGGAUAUUGAUAAAAUGAUUGUUGUUAAAAGAGUGACUUCAACCGUGGCAAGACAUAUAAGAAACAAGCAUAGCUUGCCCGAUCUUCCAUACGAUUAUGCGGCUUUGGAGCCCGUAAUUUCGCGCGACAUCAUGAACUUACAUCAUAGCAAACAUCAUCAGACUUACGUAACCAACUUAAACGCUGCCGAAGACAAAUUAAAAGCGGCUGUAGAAAAUGGAGACGUUAACACUCAGAUAUCACUUGGACCAGCGAUCAAAUUCAAUGGAGGUGGACAUUUGAAUCACUCAAUUUUCUGGCUUAAUCUGAGUCCCUCCAGUACAGACCCAAGCCCUGAACUUUGCAAAGCUCUCCAAAACUCCUUUGGAAGUGUAGAAAACAUGAAAAAACAGUUGUCAGCAUCCACUGUUGCUAUUCAAGGCUCAGGUUGGGGUUGGUUGGGAUAUGAUAAGCAAUCAGGUUUGAUAAAAAUAGCCACUUGCGGAAACCAGGAUCCACUGCAAGCCACGACAGGGCUAAUUCCACUUUUUGGAAUAGAUGUAUGGGAGCACGCUUAUUACCUUCAAUACAAGAAUGUUAGGGCAGACUAUGUAAAUGCCAUAUUUGAUAUUGUUGACUGGAAAGAUGUUAGUGAAAGGUUUGCCAAGGCUGCAGCAUAAUUUUGUGUUACUAUUUUUUUAUUUUUUUAAAGAAAUAGUCAAUGUUUUAAGGUCUACUGUUUUAGUUUAGUUUAAUAUAAUUAAUUAAAACCCAA